AUGUUGAGUGUUCCCAUAGUGGUUACUAUGGACACCGGUAUAAAAACUGGUAACUGUAAGCUAUUAUCAAUCUUUAUCUCGCCAGCAACAUCGUCACCAUCAUUAUUACCAAUAUCGUUGCCAACAUUGUCACUAUUAUUGUCAUCCUCUUUGCUGCCAUCCUUUCCGUUAUCAUCCACUGAAACAAGAAUGAUUAAUGCACAUUAUAAAGCUUAUGGAGAGCAAUUCAAAAAUAACUUGAAAUCUUAUCACACAUCUUGUUCAACGGAAAAAAAUUUACGCCGAAAACGUGAACGGAAUCGCUGGCGUUUAGUCAAUAUCGAUAAAACAAAUAGUACCACUUCACCGAAUUUCAAUAAUACAACAGUAAUCAUAACAGCAACAACAACGACAACAGCGUUUACUACUACUGCUACUAUUGCUACCGCUGUUUCACAUUUUACGUGUAAUUGCUAUUUGCAUUCCGAGAAUUUAUACUACGAUAUACGUUAUUUGCGUCAUAGAGAAAGUCUUCUAUUAUUAAUUUAUGCAAUGUCUGAAGACGUCGAUACUUAUAUCAUUGAACGGUACGAUUUGCAAAAACGUCUCGGUAAAGGAGCCUAUGGAAUCGUUUGGAAAGCAAUUGAUAGGCGAUUACGUGAAAAGGUAGCAUUGAAGAAAAUUUUCGAUGCUUUUCGGAAUCAAACCGAUGCACAGCGAACAUUUCGGGAAGUAAUGUUUUUACAAGAAUUCGGACGACAUCCGAACAUCAUUAAACUGUACAAUAUUCUCAAAGCCGAUAAUAACAGGGAUAUUUAUUUAGUAUUCGAAUUUAUGGAAGCUGAUUUACAUAAUGUUAUUAAGAAGUUAACGAUUCUCAAAGAUAUUCAUAAGCAAUACAUUAUGUGUCAAUUAUUUCGAGCUGUACGAUUCUUGCAUAGUGGAAAUGUUUUACAUCGUGAUUUGAAACCUUCAAAUGUAUUAUUGGAUGCUGAUUGUCGUGUGAAGUUAGCUGAUUUUGGCUUGGCUAGAUCUCUAUCUCAAAUCGAAGACUAUCCAGAGGGACAGAAUAUGCCAGAAUUAACGGAAUACGUUGCGACGCGAUGGUAUCGUUCGCCUGAAAUUUUAUUGGCGGCAAAAAGUUACACGAAAGGUGUUGAUAUGUGGAGCUUAGGCUGUAUUCUUGCCGAAAUGCUUCUUGGCCAUGCGCUUUUUCCUGGUACUUCAACUAUCAAUCAAAUUGAACGAAUUAUGAAUACCAUACCGCGGCCGUCAAAGUCGGAUAUCGAAAGUAUCGGGUCACAAUAUGCAUCAUCCGUGUUAGAGAAGAUGCCGCGGAGGCCACAAAAACCAUUGGAAUUGUAUUUGACGAAUUCAGACCCUCACGCUAUUGAUUUAGUUCAAAGAUUACUAAUAUUUGCUCCACAUAAACGUCUCAAUGUCGAUCAAUGUUUGGUCCAUCCAUAUGUUCUGCAAUUUCAUUCACCGAUGGAUGAACCGGCAUUAAAUUACGAUGUCCUUCUACCAUUACCGGAUCAUAUUCAGCUAAGCAUAGACGAUUAUAGGAAUAAGUUAUAUGAAAUGAUUCAGCAAGAUAAUACAUAUGUGAAACGGAUACAACACAAUCGAAAUAACAGCAGAUCGCAAGAUACAACAACAACGACAACACCGCUAACGAAUACGAAUGGACAAGCUGUCACUACAAAUGGUCGUUUAUCAUCUGCUGUUCGUCGAUCAUCCUCCAAUAAUGCCAUACGUACUGUAAAGCAACCGAUAAUAGAAGCAAAAGCACCGAUUGCGCAAGCGGAAUGCAGUGAUACCGAUUAUGAUACAUCUCGAUCGAUUUAUCGACCUGCAUCUAUUGAUAAACCUAAAAAUACCGAUAGAAUUUCUAUUGAAAAUAGGCAGCCAAGAGAAAGAGCUCAAAGUGCAGAAAUUUCGCAGAAUGGAACUGUUUGCAGAGAGCGGAUAGCGUCAUCAAUAUCCAAAACUCGUCCAACGCGUCGUUCACAACACCGCGCCGGAAUUUUCUCAUCAUUCCGGAAAUCUGCACAGCAUCUCGCAUCAUAA